AUGUUCUGUUUAGUAUUCUUCAUUGCAAUUGCUUUAGCUAAGGAUUCUAUUGUUAUGAGUGCUGAUAGAGACAGCAAUGGUAAUCCAAUUACCUUUUUAAAAUUUGAAUUUGGAACAUGCUAUUAUAUGGGAGCUGGAGAAGAAGGAGCAUCAAUAAAAUUAUCUAAGAGUGGUGACAAUAUUAAAGGUAAGCUUUAUAAUGAAGCUGAUUGUAAGGGAACUAGUGAAGAAGCUGAAGAAUCAGUCAAUGAUUUUGUUGAAAGUUUCUGUUCAGCAUAUGGAAGUGUAGCAGGAAGUACUUGUACUGGAUCUAUUACAAAAGCUCCUGAACAUGUUGCUUUCCAAUCUGUUAUGCCAGAUGACGCUGAUUGUUCACAUAAGGAUAAUACUUUUAGACUUUAUUACACUGAUGCAUGCUAUCCUUGCGAAGGAAGUUCUUGUAAAAGAGAAGAAGAAGACGGAUCCUUCUUUUUAAAUGUUUAUUCUGGUGAAAAUUGCGAUGGUGACAGAACUACACACACUCAAUUAUUCAAGUGUGAUAGCUGUGUUGAAGGAGUACAUUAUCAAUGUGGUGCUAUUUCAACAAUGGUUCUUGCUGUUGUUGCUAUUCUUGCAUUCUUCCUUUAA